UGUUGGAGGAGAGGGUUCUGGUGCUGGAGCAGCAGGGUCUGAUGAUGGAGCAACAAAAUCGGAUGAUGAAACAGGAGGAUCUGGUGGUGAAGAAGCCGAAUCUGCUGAUGGAGAGACGGUUGUAAGUAAAGAGGGAAGAGGAUCAGAUGAUGGAAGUGGAGACUCUGGUGCUGGAGCAGGAGCAUCACCGGCUGGAGCAGGAGGAUCUGGUGGUGAAGAAAUAGAUUAUGAUUCUUCAGGAGAUGAGUCUAAUAAUGAUUCGGAGGUUGAUCUAUAA